CGGCUCCUACCUCAUCGCAGCGCCGUCCACUGUUUACCGUGGGUCAGUUCUUGACCUCACAGUGGACAUUCUGAACACCACGGGGGUGGACAUCGAGGCCACUCUGCAGUACUACUCCUACAACGCCUCCGAGCGAAGAAACGUGAUUGAGAAGGUCAACUCUGUCCGCGGAACCUUUGGACGAGGUCCUACUGGAACUUUGUCGAUGCCGGUGUCCACGGACCUCAACUGCCCAGGCUGCCAGCUCCACAUCAGAGCGCGCGGUGGUCUACAGUUUGAGAGAAAUCUGCCUAUGCGUCUGUCCAACACAGUUGUCUCUGUGCUCGUACAGACAGACAAAGCUAUCUACAAGCCUGGACAGAUCGAUACACAUUCGGACAGCCAGUUAAGGGUAUGGUGGAGCUUCACUUGGGACCUAACCAGGGCCCAGACUUCUGUGGGAAACCCCUCAAAACAACACAAGUGGCUUUUGAGAUCGACGGCGAGGCAAAGUUCCGAGUACCCACCAGUGACAUCCAGAGAGCUGUGUCCCUGUAUAACGGGGUGGAUGUCAGAGUCACUGCAUUGGUCAAAGAAGCCGCAACAGGUGUCCGUCUCAAUGGCAGCAGCGUCAUCAAGUAUCACAGCAACGAGUUCAAGAUCGAGUUCCUGGAAAACACUCCCAGUGUGUUCAAACCUGGUCUCCCCUACAAAGCCUUCCUCCGCGCCAGCUCCCCUGACAACCUCCCUCCCCCCGGCGAGAACAACGUGGUCUCCGUGUACACAUCGGUCAGCUACAGACUCAAGGUCAAGGACCAGGACCUCUACGACACCAACGUCUUCACAGGCACCUACCCGCUGCCCGGACAGAACCUGACCCUGCCUGCUAAUGGCGUCAUCGCGGUGGAUGUAGAGAUUCCCAACAACGCCACCAGCAUCACCAUGAAGGCGACUUUCAAAGACCAGACGGCCAGAAGAGUGGUAGAGAAGACUUACUCUAAGAGCAAAACCUACAUGCAGCUCACAGCACUAGAAAAGAACAUCAAGGCCAAAUCAAAGGCCAGUUUCAACCUGAGAGCCACAGAGCCACUGGGCCGUGUGACGUACGAGGUUCUGUCCCGCGGCAGUGUCGCCUUCUCCGGCUCUCUCAACGGCAAGGGCCAAACGUCCGUGAACUUUGAACUUGACGUGACCCCAGCUAUGGCGCCCACGGGACAUCUCCUGGCGUACUACAACCGUGGUAACAAAGAGGUCGUUGCUGACAGUCUGGCCUUCAGUGUCGAUGGAAUCUUCCAGAACGAGGUCUCCAUAGACUUCAGUGUCAACAAGUCUGAGCCUCAUCGUAACAUUUCUGUUCAACUGACCGCGGACGCUAACUCCACCGUCAAUGUCCUGGCUGUGGACCAAAGUGUACUGCUGCUCAAGACCGGAAAUGAUAUCACAGCCGAGAAGUGAAUCGCUUGGAAGAAAUAUCCUUCCGAGGGUUGCCACAAAAUGUCGACUCAAACGACGAUAUCAGAGCCUACGGCCGCAGGAUGACAAAGAUGGGCGGAGCUUCCGGUAUGGAGUCUGCGAAUGCGCAGGUUCAGUCUGUGGAGCGGGUCCGCACCGUGUUUCCCGAGGCUUGGUUGUUCGAGUCGGCGAAUGUGAGGUGACUGUGACGUUGAAGAGUUCCGAGAACUUCGAGAGCAUCAAAGUGUUGGAGGACGGCACAGAGGUCCAGUCCACAACAGACAUCGUUCAGAGAGUCAGGGUCAGGUCGGAGGGACAGGGUGUGGUCUAUUUCCCCGUCCUGGCGACAGAGAUUGGUGUGGCGAACGUUGAGGUUGCGGCCCAGUCUAACAACGCCGCUGACGCUGUCCGCAGACAGAUUUAUGUUCAGGCUGAGGGAGCCCCCGUCAGUUUCAACUACCCAGUCUUCAUCAACAACAAAGGCCGCAAACCUUUCAAGAACGUCAUCGACCUCCCCCUUCCCCCAUCUGUCGUUCAGGGGUCAGAAACUGCGAGGGUCAAGGCCACAGGUGACUUGCUUGGCUCCAGUCUGGACAACCUGGACUCACUCCUGGCCCUGCCCACUGGCUGUGGAGAGCAGAGCAUUGUCAAGUUCGCUCCAGAUUUGUACAUCUACCGGUACUUGCAGGUCACUAGUCAACUGACUGAGUACUACGAUAGGAUGAUCGUCGGUUAUCUCGAGUCUGAACGUUCAGUGAGGCCAAGAACACCAUCUACGUGGACGACCAGGUGCUGAAGCGGGCAGUGGACUGGCUAUUGGACAGACAGAGCCGAGACGGCUCGUUCUCUGAGUUCGGACAAGUGCUGGACAGGAAUGUACAGGGCAACGAAGGUGGACCAGCGCUGACUGCCACUGUGCUUCUGGCUCUACAGCAAAACAGUGAUGUGGUUGGCAAGCAGGUUGACUACAGAUUCAACGUUGAUUCUGAGCUGAGCACUCCUUCUUUCGACGUGAGCACAGUGCUUCUGGACGAUCAACUCAACCAGUUCAACCUUAUGGUCUGCACCAACUGACCAGUCCACUGUGUUCUACCAACCCCGUCACCUCAAAGAGUCCACCAUCUGCGACGUCUGUGACAGGUGUUGCCAGUAACAGGAUAACGGCCCGGGACUACUGACAGUUUCAAUCAUUCCUGGGCGUUUGUCUUAAUUGCAAAGUAGCCAAAUAAAAUUAUUAACAAAUAAGGAGAAUAUACAUGGAUGUUACUGUAAAUUCUAUUAAGCGUUUAGUGUUUACGAAAUUGUUCUCUGAGCCCUCAUCAAGAGCAUGAAAAAACAAGCUGGAUAAAACAAAACAUAACCUCGAAUCAGUCAAUCAUUCAGUUAUAUUAGUUAAGCAAGCAAGCAAGAUAGCGAACAAUAAAUAAAUAAAUAAAUACAUUAAAAAAUAAUUGAUUACAUAAUCAAUUAAUCAAUUUUUUAAAAAUAAAAAAUUGGUCGAUCAAUCAAUCAAGUAUUCAACCAAUCAAUCUGCAAUCAAUCUACCAAUCAUGCAUUUUUCUUCUGGCUUUUUAAACCUUGAAUCUUAUAAGGAGUACCAAAUUUCAAAGACAAAUCAGAAAGGGCUUUCUGAAGCAGAAGACAGAACAGCUUCCAGAUGACUGAUGAGCGGUUCCGAAGCUCCUACUGAAUAUAAUCACGUGACCUAUAUUAUUAGAGUGCAAGUAUACCGCGACGCAAGUACCCACUCCCUUAGCUUCCCAUAACCUUGUGCAUAAUUACAAUAUUUGAAAGUUGUAUUCUAAUUUUCGGGAGAAAAUCCAAUUUUGUAUGGCAGCUUGUCCGAAUGUUGUUGUUUUUCUGGAUGAAUUUAUAUAUUAUCCUUUGUGCUAUCACUGUCGUUGUUUCUGAAAAUGAAAAAUAAAACACAUCUUUAAGAAUAAAAAAAA